AUGGCUACAAAGGCUGCUAAUAGGGAAGAACCUGGAAUUGGUAAUUUACAUUAUUUAUUUCAAGAAAAAAAAGUGUGUAUUACGCCUGUUACUAAUCCUAUACAACAGACUUAAAAAAUUGAUAUUAGUGUGGUAAACUCUCAAUUAAUGUUAAGAUUGAUCACGAAACCCCGAAAAAGACUUUCAAAUAAAAAAUCUUAUAAAUCUUAUUAAUGUGGUUGUUUUGCAAGAAUCAAGUUAAUCCAUUAUGGCUAACUGUGACUGUAAUGCUUGUAUAAUAAAAUAGAAUAAACAUUUAAUUAAAUGUUGCGUAGUGAUGAAUUUAAACUUUGCAUUAGAUUUAUCAUCAUCCCAAUACUUAUCAUCUUUUAGCCAAAAAGACAAGAUUGUGUAUUUUAAACAAAUGGAGUAGGGGAAUGUGAACUUUUGGCAAUCAGUAUUUUAUACUAGAUAUCACGAAGACCAAGUACUUCAAGCUCAAAAUUAACAAUAAAUGAAUCACUAGGUUAUCCUCUAAGAACACUAAAUUUACAAUCAAUAUAGAAAUUUUAUUUUAAACAAGGAAUAGCUUAAAAUGAACCUAUACCCAAUUGAUGAAAAAAUAUACCACGAUUAUGUGAGAUUGGAUGGGAAAAAAGAGUAGAAAAACAGAUUGAAUAUAUUUGCAAUUGAUUGUGAAAUGGUGUAGACAGAAAAUCGAUUAGAGCUUGCCAGAGUGUCAAUAGUUGAUUACAAUUACAGAGUUGUACUUGAUAUAUUAGUCAAACCAUAGACAAAAAUCUUAGAUUACAACACUAAGUAUUUAAGAAAUAAAUUAAUCCUAUAGAUAUAGCGGUAUAACUGAGGAAAUGUUAAGUAAUGUUACUAUUACAUUGGCAGAAGCACAAAAGAUGGUGAAAUCUAUUUUAGAUGAAGAUUCUAUUGUGAUAGGUCAUUCCCUAGAGAAUGACCUGAAUGCUUUGUAGAUGAUGCAUCAUAAAUGUGUGGAUACAAGUGUCCUUUACAUGACAGAAAGUAACAGAAAGUCAUCAUUAAAAAACUUAGCAUAUAAAUAUUUAAAUUUAAGUAUUUAAAAAGUAAAUAAUUACAUUUAAAUUCAUAGGAUACUCAUGAUUCAAAUGAGGAUGCCAAAAUUGCAUUGUCUUUGGCCAAGUUGCGAAUUGAAAUUUUGAAUCAUUUUUCAAGUGCUUCAUUCACACAAUAGUAACCUGCCACUCCUGAUGUUCUAACCUAACUUAAGAAGUUUGGAGGCAUACACCUGGUGGAAUCAAGAUAGGAAGUAGAAUUCUUAUUAAAAUAUGAUGUUGGUUUUGAAGAUGUAGAAUAGAUCAACGAUGAUAAAAGUAUUUAGCAUCAAGAUAUUUAGAGAUGAAAAGAAUGGCUGAAUUGCUUAAGCAAAGGAGUGCCAAUGCAGUCAACCCUAAAUUAAUAUUUGCAUAGAUACAGAAUAACUUCCAAGAGUUUGAAUCAUUAUUUUUGACCAUGUAUAAUUUAGCGCCAUCUUAAACAAGUAAUUUGUUGAAGUAACAUUUAAGUGUUUAUACUCUCUAUAGGAGGAGACUAGUAAUAAAUUCUGUUAAUUACUAAAUGA